AAAAAAGUUACAAUGAAGUUUGUAUUUUUGUUUUGCUUUUUAAUAAACCAAAUUUUAGUUGCCAAAGCUUUCUCAGAACAAGAUUGUGAAAGACCAUUGCAAACAAAGUCUUGCAAAUUAGGAAGCAUUAGGUAUCAUUGGAACCAUCAUAAGCAAGAAUGUGAAAAGGAUAUGUUUUUUGGUUGCGGUGAAACCCCAAACAACUUUAAAACUUUGGAAGAAUGUUUAACAGUGGCCAAACCAAUAUGCACACAAUAAAACCAUAUAAAAAUGUUUUAAAAAUAAAAAUGAGGC